AUGUCGAGACAAUUUGAACCUAUAACCGAUGCAAUUUCCUCGUCAACUAGCGCCAAUUCUUCCUCUCCGCAUAAAUCACAAACAUUUUCCGAGAUCUACGGCGUACCUGAGAACUUUCUCGAAGUAGAAGUGAAAAAUCCUCAAACUCAUGGGUAUGAAAGCGGUCAAAUGUACACCGACUAUGAAAUCAUAUGCCGUACAAAUAUCCCUGCAUUUAAAAAAAGACUGAGCCGAGUACGUAGAAGAUAUAGUGAUUUCGUUGCAUUUAGAAAGAUCUUAGAGCAAGAGACUACAAGGGUAGUGAUUCCGCAAUUACCUGGAAGAAUUUUGUUGAACAGUAAUAAAUUCAAUGAGCUAAAUAUAGAAAAGCGCAGAUCAGGAUUGGAACGGUUUUUAAUUAUUGUUAGCGGACAUCCGUUAUUACAAACGGGCAGCAAAAGUUUGAUUGAAUUUAUUCAAAAUGAGAAAUGGGACCCAAAGUCAAUGCUAUACUAG